AUGAUGUUCGUGAGAAGUUUCAGAAGAUUCGUGACCCAUACGAGGUUCGACGAGAAGGUCAGGAACGAAGUAAGAAGGCAGAGUAAAAUAAACAAGUGUAUAUUUGGAGGAGUCUUGGCGCUGGGAGCAGGAGCAGGAUGCGUAGUAUGGAUGAGGUCGCCAAGCUGCCCACUCUACGACGGAAUGUUGUAUGUGCUGAGGAAAUGGGUAGACCCGGAACUAACACACAAUUUCAGCGUCUUAACUGCGAAAUUGGGGCUGUUUCCUGUAGACUAUUCAGUUGAUCCGCCCGUCCUGUACAACAACAUCAAUAACGUGACGGUGUUUAAUCCAAUAGGAAUGGCGGCGGGAUACGAUAAGGACUGCGCAGUGCCAUACCAGCUGCUUAGACUGGGAUUCGGAUUCGUAGAAGUGGGAUCGGUGUUACCGAAGCCACAGCCAGGGAACCCGAAACCGAGGUUCUUUAGACUACAUAACAACGAGGCACUCAUAAACUCGUUUGGAUUCAACAGUCUGGGAGUGGACGCGGCAGUGGAAAACAUGAAGAGGUCAAGAGUGAAACAGCAAAAGGACCCACUGACAAAGGAUUCGUUAAUAGGAAUAAGCAUAGGGAAAAACACGAAUGGAGAUAUUUUGAGUGACGUUGUUUGCUGCAUAAGGAAAAUAGGAGCAUACGCAGACUACGUGGCAGUGAACGUGAGCUCGCCGAACACGCCGAACCUGAGAGAUAACCAAAGAAGAGAGCCACUGAUAAAGCUAGUGGAAACGUCAAAAGAAGCGUUGAAUGAGCUAGAUAAAAGAGUGGCCUCGGGAGAUGUAUCAUACAUUAAUACGACAAAAACGAAGCCGCUGCUGUUAUUUAAAAUAUCUCCGGACAUGACCAAGGAAGAAAUGGAGGACGUCGCAGAAAUAGCGCUGAAGCACAGGCUGGACGGACUAAUAGUGACAAAUACAACAGUGUCGAGGCCAGAAGAGAUAAAGGAGGAGCUGGAGAAGAUAGGAAACCCAGGGGGAGGGCUGAGCGGAAAGCCGUUAAAGGAGUUGUCCAAAAGAGCAGUGUUUGAGAUGUAUAAGAUGACAAGUGGCAAGGUCCCAAUAAUAGCAUGCGGAGGAAUAUCGACAGCCGACGAUGCGCUGGAAAUGAUAGAAGCAGGAGCAUCAGCAUGUCAAAUAUUCACAGCAUUGGUGUACAAGGGCCCGGGGCUUCCAAGCGCGAUGAAAAAGAAUUUGGCAAGCCUGUUGCAGAAAAAAGGAUACAAAAGCAUAAGAGAGGCGAUCGGAGCAGCUCACAUGAAAAAAUAA